GAGGAAAGAAAAAACCCAACGAACAAAUAAUAACUAGCUUUAGCAUCCACCUAGAGCUAUCCAAAGGGCAAAACAUACCCACAUCUGCAGUUCUGCACCACCAUGCGCACGCCCUCGCGAUCCCGGCCGCUGCCAACAAUCCUCCUACUCAUUCUUGCUGGUGCAGCAUCAGUCAUUGCCGAACAAGAUGAGCAGCAGCCGGUCACACAUCCGGGCUGCCCCGACAAGUGCGGCAACAUCAGCAUCCCCUUCCCCUUCGGCCUGAUGCCCGGCUGCUUCCGCGAGGGCUUCGAGGUCACCUGCGACCACACCUUCGAUCCCCCUCGCGCCUUCCUCGCCGACCGCGACACCAACCGUAUUACCGUCACCGAGCACGAUGAAUCGGCGGUCCCCGAUGACUCAUAUCGAUCGUACUCCUACCCCAACACUUCGUACUGUCCGAUCGAGCUCAUGGACGUGUCGGUCGAUAGAAGCCAGGCACGGGUGUACGGACCGAUCACAUCCGGCUGCAGCACGAACAGCACCACCUACAAGCUGAAAGAUCAGGUCAUGAUGCUCGGGCGCCUCACCUCGGCGGGGCCGUUCGCCGUGUCGGAGGCGCUCAACGUAGUCAUCGGCGUCGGCUGGAGGGUCGGGGUCACGGCCGGCUCGAGCUACACUACCUCCUCGACGGCGGUCGCCUGCCGCUCGGAGCUCCCGGCUGGCCGCCUCGAGGACGCGAGGAACGGCUCGUGCGCGGGGCGUGGCUGCUGUGAGGCCGCCCUGCGCCAGGAGAACAGCUACUACGGGCCUGUCACCAACGUUGCGCCGGGGCUCAGGCUCGAGGACAGCAACGCCCUGUGGAAGACCAACCCGUGCUCCUACGCCAUGGUGGUCGAGAAGUCCGGCUACAACUUCUCCACGCUGGACUUGUAUGGCGACAAGGUGCUGCCGGGGAGGUUCCCCAAAGGCGUCCCCGUCGUGCUUGACUUCGCCAUCGUUGGGGACGCCGCGUGCCCGGAGAAAGGCCGGCGGCCACCGCCGGACUAUGCGUGCGUCAGCAACAACAGCUAUUGUGUCAACGCAACCGUCGGCCAAUCAGGCUAUGCUCUCAGCUAUGUGUGCAAAUGCGCGGAGCACUACGAGGGCAACCCUUACAUCGCCAAUGGAUGCCAAGACAUCGACGAGUGCAAGUUUCCCGAUUUAUAUUAUUGCUCGACCAAUGGCAUAUGUAAGAACAGACUGGGAGGCUAUGAUUGUCCGUGCAAGCCCGGAAUGAAAGGCGAUGGGAAAUUAGGACACUGUGCAGAAAAGUUCCCCCUAGUAGCCAAGGUGAUUGUGGGUACAACCGGCUGUAUUUUUAUCAUCGUAGUUAUAUCAUUGAUAUUUCUUCUACGCAAAGAGAAAAGGAAGACGAGAGAGUUCUAUGAAAAAAAUGGUGGGCCAACACUAGAGAAAGCAAAAAUUAUAAAACUUUUCAAAAGGGAGGAGCUCGUGCCAAUUUUGAAAAGUAGCAAUCGUAUCGGAAAAGGUGGUUUUGGUGAAGUUUACAAGGGCAAUAUUGGAAAUGAACUAGUCGCAGUGAAGAAGCCGAUUAAGGGUAAUCUGCUAGAGAAGGAACAAUUUGCGAAUGAAGUUAUCAUCCAAUCUCAAGUUAUCCACAAGAACAUUAUUAGGCUCAUAGGUUGUUGCCUGGAAGUUGAUACUCCUUUACUAGUAUAUGAGUUUCUCUCCAAUGGUAGCCUCGAUGACAUUCUUCACGGUGAUGGGAAGAAGCCUCUGAACCUAGAUAUACGUUUAAGUAUUGCUUCAGAAUCAGCAGAUGGUCUAGCUUACAUGCAUUCCCAAACAAAUACUAUAAUCUUACAUGGCGACGUUAAACCAGCAAAUAUACUUUUGGAUGAUAAGUUUGUCGCCAAGAUCUCAGACUUUGGCAUAUCGAGGUUGAUAGCGAGAGAGAAACAGCACACCAGAUAUGUAAUCGGUGACACAAGUUAUAUGGAUCCAGUAUAUCUACAAUCAGGCCUCUUAACUGAAAAGAGUGACGUCUACAGCUUUGGAGUUGUGCUCCUGGAACUUAUUAGUAGGAAGAAGACAUUUGAUGACAAUAGCUUAGUGAAUGUUUUCAUUGAAGCUCAUAGAAGAGGGGAGAGAGCAACUGAGUUGUUUGACAAUGAAAUUGCAGUAGCAGAAGAUUUGGAGCUUCUUCAAAAUCUAGCAGGAAUGGCAGUUGAAUGUCUCAACCUUGAUGUGGAUCAAAGACCAGCCAUGACAGAUAUAGCGCACCGACUUCUCAUAAUGAAUCAAUCCCGUAAUUCAUAAGUCGUUCAAGUUGUUUGAUGUAUGCCGUCGAGUAAGGACAAGUAUUGAUGCAGCAGCAUUUUUAUUUUCAAAUUUGAGUAAAAUAUUUGCAAUGGAUGUAGGGGAUGUUUAUUAUAUUUUGCAAGAAACUCUGUACUAUUAUUGUA